CAAGGAGGGCUGGAUUGAGAGAAUGGUCAAAACAGCUAAAGUAACUAGGAAAGACAAGAUUCAAGAGUCGAUGACAUGACAGACUAAACAAAAGAUGUUGUUCUUUUAACUGCACAACUGGAUUUAACUUUAUAGCCAAAUUAGAUGUUUUUCAGUGUUGGAGCAGAGGUGUUUCUCAGGUGUUGGGGUUUCUUUAUUCUUAAUGUUUUCUGAAAAAAGGAUCUCAUAAUCUCAGCAUCAUUAAUCAGCCAUCCAUUGAAUAGAUGAUAAGGAGGACGAGAUGAUUCAAACAAUUUCUAAAUUGGUUCACCUGAGUUUGGAGCAGAUGUGGGUUCACAAGCACGGAAUGGGAAGAUGAAACGCAUAAACAGCCCAAGAACUAGCCGACAAUGACGACAAGCAUACCCACUGUUUUGUUUAAUAAAGGGGCAGGGGAAGACAACCAACUUUUAAGCAAUUCUUCCAUAACUGGCGCCUGCAAUAUUGAUGAGUCCUACAAGUACAUCUUCCUACCCAUCUGCUACUCCUUUACUUUUGUUUUCAGCAUAACCCUUAACUCUGUGGUUCUAUACCGCUCUUUUCGACGCACCAAGCGCUGGAAUGCAUCGCUAAUCUACAUGGUAAACUUGGCCACAACAGACUUCAUGUAUGGUUUGUCCCUACCCUUCUUGGUAGCCAGUUACAUCAUGCGCGACGACUGGGUGUUUGGUGACUUCAUGUGCCGCCUAGUGCGCUUUCUCUUCUACUUCAACCUCUACUGCAGCAUCUUCUUCCUCACUUGCAUCUCAGUGCAUCGCUACCUGGGCAUCUGUCACCCCAUGAAGACCAUCACUUUGGAGACAAAGCGAGCAGUGAAAGGGACAUGUGUGUUGGUAUGGAUUGCUGUUUUUGUGCUAACCUGUCCAAUUUUUCGUUUUGCUCAGACACAGUAUCUUCCGCGUGGAGGGCAUCAAGGAGUUUUGGGAGCGAUGGUGAAUGGCGAAGGCACGACGGAGGUGUUCAAUAAUUGUUGGGAUGAUGCAAUUGAUAAGGAGUUCCACGAUUACAUCCCUUAUGGGAUCACGCUUCAUUUCUUGGGUUUUUUUGUGCCUUUUAGCAUCAUUGCCUGGUGCUACUCACGUGUGGUGUUGACAAUAUUUCGGACACUUAACUCUCAGCCUCCUCCUCAUCGAGUCAGAAGUGGGACGGGCUGUGAAAGUGUAGCAGGGAUUGGAGGAGAGGGCAUGUCAAUCAUCUUUGGAGCUCAUUCACCAUACAUAAACAGGCGCCGCAAGUCCAUCAAAACCAUCAUUACCAUCACUCUACUCUUUGCCCUUUGCUUCUUUCCCUUUCAUGUCACUCGAACCAUUUUCCUGUUGCUGAAACUGACAAGUAGAGUGCAAUGUCACACCAUGCGCAUGGUUUCCAUCUGUUAUAAAAUUACCCGGCCACUGGCCUCAUUCAACGCUUGGCUAAAUGCGCUGCUGUAUUUCCUUACUAAAGAGAAAAAUGGACCCUGCUGUCAAAAACCUGAACAUGCCAAGCAUGGUCUCCUAUGGCCACUGAGGAUGCUGGGAAAAGGAGAUGAAGAGAAUGAAGCUGAGGAGACAGGCAACCAUAAGGACAACAGACCAGACACUAAUAAUACAUACAGAGGUCUGCCUUAAGACGUGACACUAUAAGGAUGAAAGACAUCUUCAGACACGUUAGAGGGUAGAACUCAUAUCAGGCAAACAUCAAAGAGUAAGUCUGGUGGAACUGGCUUCAGUUCCUUUAAAGCAAAAAUGUCAGAAUGGAACUGAUUUGGUGUGAUAUACAGUGUUUUCUGUUUUCUUUUCAUUCACAUAAAAUAGAUUAUUAAGUUGUUUUGAUGUUUAUUCAGUUUAAUUUGUUGUGGGGGGUGGUAAUAACCGAAUUAAAAUGAAUUGUCAAUUUUAGUGAAUAUUAACAGCACAAACACUACCGUCUAUAAAUAAUAAGCAUGCUCAUGGUGUUUCAUUUAUAGCAAGCGUACCUCAGAGUGGAGUUCAGUUCAAUGUCAAGGAUUAGUAAUAUCUUGUGAAUAAUUAAACUAUUCUUAUAAAGAUUUUAAACCUGUGUUUAAAUGAAAGUCAAGCAAUGAAAUAAUGUUAAUACAUUAGUAAUCAAGCAAAAGUGUCAGUUUGUUUAUUAUU